UUAUUCUACGAUACGAGUGAAGGUCUAUUGUCAUCAACACAAACUAUGACCGCUUGUAUUUUAUUAUUGUAAUUUAUAGACGAUAACGACAAGUCGAACACCAAAAUAAUUAGCAUACAACUGGCCUACUCCGUCUUGGUCCGGACAAGAAUACUAAUAUAACACUAUCUAUCUGGGUCCGUUCAGUUCAAUCUAUUUGGCCCAAAUGCGCUGACGAGGUGAUCGCAGUCGACUUCCGAACACAUAAUAUCAUGUUAUGUAAAUAGUGAUCAAUUAAUUUCUCUGUUUUUAUUAUUAUUCUCACGUCAUAUAAGUCUCUGUUGCUCGGCGAUACAACCAUCAACUUGUACUUUGUAGUGUUAAGUUGUCAUUAUUAUAUCGGUUACCGGUUACCCGUACUACCUUUAUAUACCACAUUCAAUCGCCAAUAACGUAUUUUUGGUUUGCAAGUACACGAGGAUCCCGUCAUCGAAACAAGUAGGGCAUAUUUAUAGCUGCAUAAUCGCUGCAACAAUGGCAUCUUCGUUCAAACACGUCACCGGAGCCGCGGACAGGGAUUCGAGAAUCGUCAAGCAGCUCGAGUUCUAUUUCAGCGACACCAAUUUACCGUACGAUAAGUUCCUGCAGGCCAAAAUCAAGCUUAACGACGGCUGGGUGCCGAUAAGCGUGCUCUUGACGUUCAAAAUGCUGAAGUCCAUCACCAGGGACUCGGCCGUGAUCGCGUCCGCCGUCAAGGACGCCGUCGGCAGCAUCGUGGAAGUCGACGAGACGGGCGUAAAGAUCAGACGCAAACCGAAAAUCACCGCGCCCGUCCCCGAUCGCCAGCUGUUCAAGGACAUUGUCCAACGGUCGAUUUAUUGUAGCGGUUUCCCGAGGACGACCACCGUGGACGAACUGUUGGAGUUCGCCGCGACCUUUGGCGAAAACGUCAUCACGAAAACCACCCCCAUGAGGUUCAGGUCCCAAGCGUUUAAGGGUUGCCUUUACUUCACGUUCAGCACCAAAGACGAGGCAGAGAAAUUUUUGGCAAGGGAAUCCGUCGAGUACAACGGCGUGGAAAUAAAGCGUAUGUGGGAGAAUGAUUUUUUGGGAAAUUUCAAACCUCACAGUCCAUUUAAUUACGAAUAAAAUGCGUCCGUGCACAUGCCGUACACACUAAGCGUAUAAUACGGGUACACACUC